UCCGAUUAAUAAUGUACGACCACGUUAGUCUUGGUAGCUCUAAGUGGUGAUCAGUGAGAAUGUUGAUAUUGUGGCAUGAGCUUUAUAAAGUAGUAGUGUAUAUUCAAAGCCAUCUAAUUCCCAACCCCUUUCCCUCACUUUAGCUCCCUUACGCUCUGCUUCCCUCGCUCUGUCACCAUGGCUGAUCCAUCAAACCAACCCAGGAUUCUCCUGACUGGCGCUAGCGGUUUUAUAGGAGGAUCAGUAUUGACGCAGCUGCUCAACUCCACAUCUCCAAGCAUCCAAUCUGCACCCAUCACAUGUCUUAUGCGUGGCGCGGACCGGGCUGCCAAGUUGAUAGCAACGUAUGGUGACCGGGUGAUUCCCGUACUCUAUAGUGAUUUAGAUGAUCUUGAGACCACCACCGCAGUCGCCGCGCAGCAUGACGUGGUAAUCAGCACGACCGUCGGUUAUCAUACUCCUUCAACGCGUGCAAUUCAAGAAGGUCUGGCCCAGCGAAAGCGAACCCAUCCUGGUAGUGAACCUUGGUUCAUUCACACGUCGGGCACGUCGAAUGUAGGCUCGCGAUCCGUCUCCAGCGCAUCACCGGAGGGUGGUACCUUCGACGAUGUAGCUGACGACGUUUAUGGUUUCGAAGUUGCGCAAAAUACCAAAGAGCCGUAUGCUCAACGUACGACGGAGCUGGCCGUCGUGGACGCUGGCCUCGAGUUGGAUGUGCGCACACUCGUCGUUAUGGCGCCGACCAUAUAUGGCGUGGGCUCGGGCCUUUUCAGAAAGCAUAGCAUUCAAAUACCCGCUUUCGUAGCCACCGCAUUGGAUCACGGGCGCGCUGUCGUCAUCAGCGACGGCAGAGCCGAAUGGGAUCACGUCCACGUGCAAGAUCUAGCAGCUCUCUACGAAAUCCUUGCUUUGAAGGCUCUCGACGCAGGGGACGCCCUUCCCUGGGGGAAGAAGGGCAUCAUCUUCGCGAGCGUUGGGAGGCAUUCAUGGGGCGAGAUUGCUCAGGGCGUGGCGCGAGCAUGUCAUGACUUGGGCGUACUUCCGGAUCUCCCAGUCGACAACCUCAGCUUGGCGGAUGGUACGAGGCUCUUCGCCAAGUCGUACUUAGGAGAGGCGGAUGAGCUCCUCGUUGAACUAGGCUUGGCGAGUAGCGGGAGAACCAUCCCUACGGUAGCACGCGGUUUGGGGUGGAAGCCUCUGAGGGGCAAGGAAGAUUGGGAGAGAGGCUUUCGUGAUGACGUUGAAGCCGUCUUGGAGGAGAGGCGAGAGAAAGGGCACUGAAUUGCGAAACAGUCUAUCUUGAUAACAUUGGAUAUCUUGUAGGGCUAAUCCGGGGUAAACCGGGGUCUUCGAUAUUAGCUUACAUACCUAAUGUACCUUAUGCUUUCUAUUUUCCAUUGGUCCCCGUUCCUCCUGUAUUUAUCGCUUUGUUAUCUAGCAGUCACAAAGAGAUUACGCCCUGGUUAUACCAUUGAUAACCGCAUUUGUGAAUCCUUACUUUUAUAAGCUAACGUUGUGAAGUCUUUAGAAUGUGUAAGUAGAUAGA